AUGAGACCAGUACUCUACCCAGUAGCCGAAGAGCUAAUACGAAACAAAAAACAAUUGAAACUCAAAGAAGGCGUGCAAGAACAAAGAAAUACGGGUGAUCCAGCACGAAGAAGAGGUCAAAAAAGAAAAGACACAUUCGAAGAAAAGAGAGCUAAAGCGGACGCAAGAAAACGAAGAAAGGAAUCAGAGGCGGGGCCUUCAUCAAGAGCUAAUACCGUGUAUUGUCCCAAUCACGAAUUCAGCAUAAAAGAGCUUUUAGAGAGAGCAUUUCCUAACUCCCAUCAAAGGUACACACCUUCUUUAACUCUCAAGUUGUUCCUGAGGCAUAAACAAGAAGACCCCAAUAGACUAGAGCGUUACCAGAACAUAAUCGUUAGACAGUCUACUUUCCUUCGUGCUGUCAUCUAUCAGGCGCAAAUAUUUGUUAAUUACUAUUUAUUAGUACACUCAAACAGUGUGGAACAUAUCUCCAAAUAUAUCUUUAAUCAACUCUUUUGCAACAUCAAUAUUCACCAACUCCAAGACUAUUAUCCAUCACUUCUCUACCUCGAGGCAAUUUCCAACCGUUUACAAGAUCUGGAAAAUGUUAAUAUGCUUGUACAAAAAGGUGAAUUGGUGGGCUAUGACCAAAUAGUAUCGUCUGCAUGUGAAAGUUUAGUAACUGCCUACAGUAAUUUCUAUGUUAAAAAUUAUAAAACUUAUGUUGGAAAAUCAGAUAUCCUAUCUGAUUUGCCUGAAGACUUUUUGACUAAAAAUGAGCUUGAUAACGCACCAGACCUUCAACUGUUCUUGAACACCGAAAUCCAGCCCAUUAAAAAUAGAAUACCUUACUUACCCUGUUUAAGGGAGGCAGUGACCACUAACCCGUUGUCAGUUUUGAAUGUGGUGAAAAAUAUACUGCAAUACUAUGAACAAAUACAAGAGACACUGUCAGAAGAGCAACGAGCUCGCUUGUUUUCGCUUUUCCCGAACCCGAGUUCCAAAUUGCGCUUCACUAAAAUUGACCGCGAAAAUAUUGAUGUUCUUUUUCAUGAAGCCAAAAUCCCAAAAGAGAAUAAUGAGAGUCAAUUUUCACUUGCUGCACGACGCUUUUUUGAUUUAUUUGAUUUUACGAAAUUGAAGAUCCACAGCCUACUAGAGUUACAACAAUUUCCAAGACAGAAAGGGAAAAUGUUUCUCAAUAGUUUAUAUACGGAUGGCUAUAACUGUCGUGUCAAUUUCGCGAGAAAUAUACCUCAAGUUCCAAACGAAGAUAAAAUUGUGUUAGAGCUUAGUGACUUUAACCAGGGCGAAAUCGAUGAACACUUCAAUCCUUGUUUCUUGGACCCCAAUAGAAACAGUCCCUAUGUCGCUUAUUAUGGUGAGAAUCAAGUCAGGAAACUGUCUAGCAAAGAGUACUAUUCCAUGUCAGGAUCACCUAACCGAUCAGAAAAAAAAGAUCAGUUGAAGACAAUACAAGGGCUAAAGAAGCUGGAGACAAGAAUCCCCAUCCCAAAAACAUCAAGCGUGAAUAACUAUGAGAUACAUGUAAAUUACGUGAUGACACACCUGCCCAAUUUUUUUGGUUUCUACAGCUUCCGGACGGCCUCAAUCAGAUGGAGAAACUACCUUGGCCGACAAUGUGCCUUAGAUGAAGCUGUUAAUAUUUUGUUAAGUGGUGGCAAAAAGCACAAUCCAGCAAAAAGGAAAAGAACAAAGUCCAACUGGCGAAAAAGAAAGAAAAUGUUCAACAGACGAAAUCCAGGAAUUCCCCACCUCCCAGUUGAUAUAACGUAA